GAAGGUGCACGUGUGCCAAGUCUUAAAAGCAGCCAGCACUCCCACUUCAACAGAACUGAACCAAGACACAGACGCGAAGACAUCUUUUCUCAAGACACAACGAAAAGUAGUUCACGAUGGUGAAGGAGAACGACAAUGGGAAUUCUGUUGUUGGAUCAGAGACACCACACAGGUGCGGCCUGUUCUGCCUCGGCCCUCUGACCUUCCACUCUCAGGCUGUGGGACACAAGGUCCGCCUGAGCAAGGGGGGCCGACUUGCAGAGAGGACAGGGACCACGUUCAGAAAUGGUCUGGUGCUCAGCAGCCGCCCGGUGAAGAUCCGGGAGAGGAUUCGCCUGAGGGUGGAGAAAGAUUUGUUUACGUGGCAUGGAGCUCUGCGCGUGGGCUUCACCAACGUGCCGCCCUCAGACAGAUCUCUGCCUCUGCCCUCCAUGGCCAUCCCCAACCUCACAGACACCCCUGGGCACUGGGCUGCUCCCGUGCAUGAAUCCUGCUGCCGGGAGGGUUCAGAGCUGGAGUUCUGGGUUUCAUACAGCGGCACUGUAUAUGUGUCAUGCAACAACUGCACACAGCACAAACUCCUGACAGGGGUGGACCUCAGAGAGCCACUGUGGGCCAUGAUAGACAUCUACGGACAGACGUGCUCCAUUUUCCUCCUUGGCUCAGAGAAAAGGGGGGUGUUACGCACUAGAAAAUCCUGCCCUGCACCUAAACGCCUCCCCUCUCCAGAUGUGGACAACCUCUCUGAUUUGAUUUCUAAUCUCUCAACCUUCUCUGAAAGCAGUGAUGAAUCCCUCCCCUGGCCUGACAGCCCAGCAGGUGAAGAUUGCGUGGUGUGCAUGAGAACAAAGGCUGCUGUCACUCUUCCCUGUGGCCACCAGUGUUUGUGUGUCCCCUGCACCCCGAGAAUCAUACAGCAGUUUGGCACCUGCCCGCUGUGUCGACAUGUGAUUAUAGCUCCAUCAGAGGAGGAGAGACGUGGGCCCCUCUGAGCUCCACAACAACAGAAAGCUACUAAGUGAUGGAAAUAAAGAAUGCACUAUGAGUGUCACCUACUUAAUGUGUCCUUGCAGCCCGGCGGUUGGGGAUGUUUGACAUGUGGCCACGAUGUCCCUUGCUGAAGCCCAGCCAGGAACCACAGUUAGAUGUUUCUGAACUCUCUCUCAAACAACAAAACUUACAAUUUUCUGUAAGCCAAGGGGGUUGACUUGUAGAGAGGACAGGGGCCACGUUCAGAGGCCCAGUCAAGAAACUUUGUCAUGUGUUUUUCAACUCUCUCUUCCUAUAUAUGUAAAUGUUGUACUGAGAUAUCUAUGUGAAGACACUGGACUGGAGUAUUUUUGGCUCAUGUAAAAGCACAUGUGAAACUUUACUGCAAGUUUAUCUUGUUUUGUUAAAUAAGGAUGAAGGCAAGCAUAAAAUAUGUGACCUGUAACAUAUCUAUACAUGUAUAAUAUAUAUAAUAGUAAUAUUGUACAGUUUAUUUUCCCCUAUGGAUGUUGUAAAUCUUAAAUCAAUCUUUAUUUUUGUAAAUGUAAAGUUUAUCUGAAAAUUAUUUAUAUAUUUUUUGAUUAUUGAAAUGGCUGUAAAAAUAAAUGUUAUUCUAAGUAUGA